AUGUGUUGGGCUAAAGUAAAAACAUCCAAAGCUCUCUUUUCGCCUUUGACAACCUCAUCUCAUGCCAAAAAUGUUAUAAAGGCAAAACCUUAGAAAACUAGUAGUGGGUUUUUUUCAGUUAGUGUUGCAUUUGUUUCUUUGUUCUUGUUUUUGUUUUUGUUUUCAAUCUAGGUUGUAGUAUGGAAGGUGGUGAUAUUUGUAGAGCAAGUAGUAGCUUAAGAACAAACAGUUCUUCAAUUUGGAGGAACAAUGGUGUUGAGAUUUUCUCGAGAUCAUCUCGAGGAGAGGAUGAUGAAGAAGCUCUGAAAUGGGCUGCCAUUGAGAAACUUCCCACUUUUAAUCGUUUGAAAAAAGGGUUGUUGAAAGAGUCACUUGGUGUAGCCAAUGAAGUUGAUGUUCAGAAUCUUGGAUUUCAAGAAAGAAAGGAUUUGAUUGAGAGGUUGGUGAGUAUAGCUGAUGAAGAUAAUGAAAAGCUCUUGUUGAAGCUCAAGAAUCGAAUUGAUAGAGUUGGAAUUGAAAUGCCAAGAAUUGAAGUGAAAUUUGAGAGGCUUAAAGUUGAAGCAGAAGCUUAUGUUGGUAGCAGAGCCUUGCCUACUUUCUUUAACUUUUCUGUUAAUAUACUGGAGGGUUUUUUGAACUAUCUACAUAUGCUUCCAAGUAGAAAGAAGCAAUUGUCUAUCCUCAAUGAUGUCAGUGGAAUCAUCAAACCCUGCAGAAUGACUCUGCUUUUAGGUCCUCCAAGUUCUGGAAAGACUACACUGCUGUUGGCUUUAGCCGGAAAGCUUGAUACUGAUCUUAAGGUUUCUGGGAGGGUGACUUUCAAUGGCCAUGAAAUGCAUGAGUUUGUACCGCAAAGAACUGCUGCAUAUAUCAGUCAACACGAUCUCCAUAUCGGGGAAAUGACUGUGAGAGAAACCUUGGCAUUUUCAGCAAGAUGCCAGGGUGUUGGAUCCCGUUAUGAGAUGUUAGCAGAGUUGUCAAGGAGAGAGAAAGCAGCAAAUAUUAAGCCUGAUCCUGAUAUCGAUAUCUUCAUGAAGGCAAUAGCAACAGAAGGGCAAGAGGCAAGUGUGGUCACAGAUUAUAUUCUAAAGGUUUUGGGUCUGGAAGGUUGUGCAGAUACCAUGGUUGGAGAUGGAAUGAUACGAGGUAUCUCUGGAGGACAAAGGAAACGCGUCACAACAGGUGAGAUGCUGGUUGGACCAGCAAAAGCCCUUUUCAUGGAUGAGAUAUCUACUGGUUUGGAUAGUUCGACAACUUUCCAAAUUGUGAAGUCCCUGAGGCAGUAUGUCCACAUUCUCGAAGGAACAACUCUCAUCUCUCUCCUGCAGCCGGCACCAGAGACUUAUGAUCUAUUUGAUGAUAUCAUUCUGCUAUCUGAUGGUCAAAUUGUUUAUCAGGGUCCCCGUGAACAUGUGCUUGGGUUUUUUGAACAAAUGGGCUUCAAAUGUCCAGAGAGGAAAGGCGUGGCUGACUUCUUGCAAGAGGUGACGUCAAAGAAAGAUCAAAGGCAGUAUUGGGCAUGUAAAGAUGAACCUUAUAGUUUUGUUGCAGUCAACGAAUUUGCUGAGGCAUUCAAGUCUUUCCAUGUUGGUCAGAUGCUUGGAGAUGAGAUUGCAGCCCCAUUUGACAAGACACAAAGCCAUCCAGCUGCUUUGACAACAAGAAAGUAUGGUAUUAGUAAGAAGGAACUCUUAAAAGCUUGCACCUCAAGAGAACUCUUGCUGAUGAAGAGGAACUCAUUUGUCUACAUCUUCAAGCUCAUGCAAGUUACUGUUAUGGCAUUGAUUACAAUGACACUCUUCCUACGAACUGAGAUGCACCGAAAUUCAGUAACUGAUGGAGGAAUAUACACUGGUGCUAUGUUUUUCACUGUGAUUAUGAUCAUGUUUAAUGGGUUAUCAGAAAUUUCCAUGACAAUUGCAAAGCUUCCUGUCUUUCACAAGCAAAGGGACCUUCUCCUUUAUCCCCCAUGGGCAUAUGCUUUUCCCACAUGGCUUCUCAAGGUGCCUGUUUCAUGUGUUGAGGUUGCCUUUUGGGUGCUCUUUACUUACUACACAAUUGGAUAUGAUCCUAAUGUGGGGAGAUUGUUUAGACAGUACCUGUUACUCUUACUUGUAAACCAGAUGGCUUCUGCAUUGUUCCGAUUUAUUGGGGCAGCGGGUAGAAAUAUGAUUGUCGCAAACACGUUUGGAUCAUUUGCAUUGCUCAUGCUUUUUGCAUUGGGUGGUUUUAUCUUAUCACGAGAGAAUGUAAAAAAAUGGUGGAUAUGGGGUUACUGGAUGUCGCCAUUGAUGUAUGGACAGAAUGCAAUUCUAGUAAAUGAGUUCCUAGGGAAUAGUUGGAGACACGUUCUCAAAAAUGAAACAGAAUCACUAGGAGUAGUGGUCUUGAAGUCUCGAGGGUUCUUCCCUGAUGCAUACUGGUAUUGGCUAGGAGUUGGCGCAUUGCUUGGAUUUCUUUUCCUAUUCAACUUCUGUUUCACUCUGGCUCUCACUUAUCUCAACCCUUUUGGGAGGUCUCAAACUGUUAUACCAGAGGAAAGUCAAAGCAAUGCAAAUGAUGAUCGAAGUGGAGAAUCCAUUCAACUAUCGUCUAGGGCAAAUAGCUCUGUUGGGCGAACUGUAUCCAAAGAGAGAGGAGAUCAGAUUAGAAGGAGAAAUAUCACGUCUGAGUCCUCAUCAGCAAGGACAAUAGCCAAUGUUGACGCCAACAAGAACAGAAAGAAAGGAAUGAUUCUUCCAUUCGAACAACAUUCCAUCAGCUUUGAUGAAAUUAAAUACUCUGUUGACAUGCCUCAGGAGAUGAAAGAGCAGGGUGUAGUUGAAGAUAAGCUAAUGCUUCUAAAGGGUGUAAGUGGAGCUUUCAGGCCAGGUGUUCUGACGGCCCUAAUGGGUGUAAGUGGUGCAGGUAAAACAACCCUAAUGGAUGUACUGGCAGGUAGAAAAACUGGGGGAUAUAUUGAAGGUAACAUUACAGUUUCCGGCUAUCCAAAGAAGCAAGAAACAUUUGCUCGAAUUUCUGGUUACUGUGAACAAAAUGACAUCCAUUCUCCUCAUGUUACCAUCUAUGAGUCAUUGCUUUACUCAGCUUGGUUGCGGUUGCCUCCAGAAGUAAAUUCUGAAACUAGAAAGAUGUUCAUUGAGGAGGUAAUGGAACUUGUGGAGUUGACUUCAUUGAGGGAUGCACUCGUUGGAUUGCCUGGUGUUAGUGGUCUUUCAACUGAGCAGCGGAAGAGGCUAACAAUUGCUGUUGAGUUAGUUGCUAACCCCUCCAUAAUUUUCAUGGAUGAGCCAACUUCAGGGCUAGAUGCAAGAGCUGCUGCAAUUGUGAUGAGAACAGUUAGGAACACUGUUGAUACAGGAAGAACAGUUGUGUGCACCAUCCAUCAGCCAAGCAUUGACAUAUUUGAAGCUUUUGAUGAGCUUUUCCUAAUGAAGCGAGGAGGCCAAGAGAUUUAUGUGGGGCCAUUGGGUCGACGUUCUUGCCAUCUAAUCAAGUAUUUUGAGGGAAUUGAAGGAGUAAGUAAAAUCAAAGAUGGCUAUAACCCAGCAGCUUGGAUGUUGGAAAUUACUGCUUCAGCCCAAGAAUUGAUUCUAGGGGUUGGUUUUGCUGAAGUGUACAAAAGUUCUGAACUGUACAGGAGAAACAAAGCCCUAAUUACAGAAUUGAGCACACCUUGUCCUGGUUCAAAGGACCUCUAUUUCCCUACUCAAUAUUCAAAGUCUUUCUUCACCCAAUGCACGGCUUGUCUAUGGAAACAACAUUGGUCAUAUUGGCGUAAUCCACCAUACACUGCAGUAAGAUUUCUCUUCACAACCUUCAUAGCACUGGUGUUUGGUACGUUGUUUUGGAAUCUUGGUUCCAAAAGGACAACACAACAAGAUCUGUUCAAUGCGAUGGGUUCUAUGUAUACUGCUGUUCUCUUCCUAGGGAUCCAAAAUGCCUCAUCAGUGCAGCCAGUGGUGGCUGUUGAACGAACAGUCUUUUACAGAGAAAGAGCUGCCGGAAUGUAUUCUGCCAUGCCAUAUGCCUUUGCUCAGGUUAUUAUCGAGCUUCCACAUAUCUUCGCACAAGCUAUAGUAUAUGGUGUUAUAGUUUACGCAAUGAUUGGAUUUGAAUGGACCGUUGCUAAAUUAUUUUGGUACCUAUUUUUCAUGUACUUCACAUUAUUAUACUUCACCUUAUAUGGCAUGAUGACCGUGGCUGUGACUCCAAACAACAACAUUGCUGCUAUCAUUGCCUCAGCAUUUUAUGCAAUAUGGAACAUCUUUUCGGGAUUUGUAGUACCUCUAUCUAGAAUUCCGAUCUGGUGGAGAUGGUAUUAUUGGGCGUGCCCAGUUGCUUGGACCUUGUAUGGCUUGGUUGCAUCACAAUUUGGAGAUAUAGAAGACACACUCGACACCAAUGAAACAGUGAAAGAUUUCUUGAGGAAUUACUUUGGUUUCAGACAUGAUUUUGUAGUAGUUGCUGCAACUGUAGUGGUUGGAUUCACAGUUCUUUUUACAUUCAUCUUUGCCUUCUCUAUAAAGGCAUUUAAUUUCCAAAGGCGAUAACAUGUUUUUACAACAACAGUGGAUUUGCACUUGAUAUUGGCAAGCUGGACGACCCAACCUUUGAUGAGGCCUAAGGCGAAAUCUCAAUUAAAUGCUCUUUUAAUAUUUGAAUAUUAAUUUUUAUAUUGUGGAAUAUUUUGUGUAAAAUUUAUUUUCUUUUUCAAUUAUUGUAACUAAAAUUCUUGAUUUUAAUAUUAGGAGCACUUUUGCAUAA